UUUUUUUUUAUUUCUGCCAGCAAUAACAUUUGUUUGUCAGGACGAGGACAUAUCAUGGAUUCGAAUACAGUACCAUUGACAGAAGAACAGGCAGAGUUUAUCAACUCCACCGUCAGCUCUCUAUCUGAAAUUAUAGCAGCUGUUCCAGGCUCUCAUCUUGUGAUUAGUUAUUUGAAGAAUGCCUACCAGAAUGAUCCUUUUCGAAUUGCGCUCGAGUUAUUUCUCGUCUUUUUUGCUAUAAAGUACAUCAUGUCAGCUAAAUAUAAGCCUCAUGAUAAUGCUGUCAAAUUAACAGAGAAGGAAAUUGACGAACUUGUAGAAGAAUGGCAACCUGAACCUCUCGUUCCUCCUUUAUCCAAAUAUGACAAAUUCAACAUGGAAAAGACACCCGUGAUUAUGGGUGCUCAGUCCGUGAAACCCAAGAUUGUCGGCCAUGCCAAACCUUUGAUGAAUCUUGCGACGACCAAUUAUUUGAACCUGCUGGCGUCGGAACAGAUUCGAGAGAAAGCGAUUUCAACGCUUCGACAAUAUGGUGUGGGUUCUUGUGGCCCACCUGGUUUCUAUGGUACGAUUGAUGUGCACAUGGAUUUGGAGCGGGAUAUUGCUCAAUUCUUAGGCACCGAACAAGCGAUUAUUUAUGCUCAGAACUUCUCGGCCGUCUCGUCUGUGAUUCCAGCCUUCAGUAAGCGUGGCGAUAUUCUUGUGGUCGACGAUAGUGUCAGUUUUUCGAUUCAAAAGGGAGUGCAGAUUUCUCGCUCGAUCGUCAAGUGGUACAAGCACAAUGAUAUGGGCGACUUGGAAAGAGUGCUGGAGGAAAUUCGGUUGGAAGAUAUAGCCCAUAAGAGACGUUUGACACGACGCUUUAUCGUUUCCGAGGGUCUCUCUGCGAAUGUCGGGGACAUUGCCCCCUUACCGAAGCUCGUGGAAUUGAAAAAGAAGUUCAAGUAUAGAUUGAUUUUAGAUGAAUCUCAGUCGAUUGGCGUGCUGGGCAGUCGUGGUGCGGGUUUGACAGACUAUUUCGGUGUCCCUGCUGCAGAUGUGGAUAUUAUUGUGGGGUCUUUGGCGAACGCAUUGUGUGCUUCUGGCGGCUUUUGUGCGGGUUCAGAGGAGAUUGUAGAUCAUCAACGUCUAUCGGGUUUAGCGUAUUGCUUCUCAGCUUCUAUGCCAGCGAUGCUUGCUGUAGCGGCCAGCGAUGCGAUCAAGAUGAUUCAAGACCAACCCGUUCAUUUACUGGAAUUGGCUGAACGUAGUAGAAGCUUCCGUUCAGUACUCCAUCACAAAUCACUCGAACCCUAUAUUGAAAUACAACCGAGUGAUCUGAAAAACCCAGCCCCUUUCUUCCAUAUCCGUAUCAAGCCUUCCUUUUUGCAAUCACGACUGCUUGACCACGAGACGGAAGUAACAAGAGAAGAACAGGAAUAUUUAUUGCAGGAUGUGGUGGACGAAUGUGCUUAUCAAGGAGUUUUAGUGACAAGAGCCAAAUAUGUCAUUGAACAGGAACGUGCAUGUCCCAGACCAAGCAUCAAGAUAUCUGUGACCAUUGGUCUCACUAAAAAGGAGAAUGAAAAAGCGGCGAGCAUCGUCAAGAAUGCUCUUAUCAAGGUGUUUUCGAGAUGGAGAAAGUAAAGACCUUACAAAGGAAAGGAAGAAUUGUAGAAAAAGGGCUGUUUAUUAUUUCAUGUUUUAUUUUCUUUUUGUUAUUACAGUUUUACUC